ACUAUAUGCAUGUUUCAGCUAAUCUCAUUGUUUUCCCAUUAAUAACAUUCAAUACAAAUCAUCUUCUCACUCACAUUCUUCUACUAGUCUUAUUAUAUCAGUAUGGCAACUUACUACAUGACCUUAUUGCUUCUUCUUCUUCUUCUUCUCAUGGCCACCACCAUCUUCAACUCCUCCUCUGCAACUCCAACCGCCAUUAUCAAUAGUCCUUCCCCACAACAAGAUAUUCUUGUCGCGAUUCAAGAGAUGCAACGAGCCAACUACUUUACUUUCACAAUGCUCCUCAACAUGCCACCUAUCCAUCCCAGAGUUUUAGGUAAUAUCACUUUCUUGAUGCCCAAGGAUAGAGUUCUGUCCCAAACUGUGAUUCCUCUUGCUGAAGUUUCUGAUUUCCUCCUCUGCCAUUCAAUCCCGUCUCCUCUUAUUUUUGAGCAUUUAGAUCACAUCCCGACGGAUUCGACCAUUCCUAGCUUGUUACCUGAUUACGUGCUCAAAAUCUCCAACGGGGGUAGGAAUAGUUUCUUCCUCAACAAUGUGAAGAUCAUCAGGCCAAAUAUAUGCACAGCAGGAUCCUCCAUUAGAUGCCAUGGAAUAGAUGGUGUGCUGAAGGUCAAAAACUUUUCCGAAAAUAAUCACUUGUCUCCUCCUCUGCCUUCUUCUCCCUCUAAUAUCACCCCACCUCCUCUCGCCUCCAUUUUACCAGCUCCUGAUCCAUCAAUAGAGUUGUCGCCAUUAUCUUCACCUCAUGAUUCCUUCAAUGGCUCUUCUGAUCAUAAUCCUGUCACUGCCCUACCGCCAUCUGGUAUAAGUCAUCCACAGAAAUCAGGGUAUGAUGAUCAAUGGAUUUCACAAGAAAGACUACUGAAGAUUUUGGUGACCCUUUUGAUGGUGGGUAUGUGUGUGUAGCAUAUAUGUGUGGAAAACCUUAUUAGAGUGAGAUAUAAACAUAUAUAGAUGCAUUGUGUAUAUAUAAGUAUAUAUACUGAGAACUAACCAUAUGUUUCAUGAAGUUAAGUGGGUCAAUGCAUCUAUAAUAUUGUAACACUUAUCUAUGUAAGAUUAGUUUAUAGUACUUUUGUUUAAAAAAAAUACCAAAAACUGAUGUCGGUGUUCCAAUGCUUAUGGAAUUUAACAUCAUUUUCAAAUACAUGUUCAUCACAAUCUGAUUCAAUCUAAUUUAUUUUUCAACCUAUUCACAAACCAGUUUACAGAACAUAAUCAGUAAUUAAAGAAAAAAGUAUAAUAAAAACUAUCGACAGUAUAUUUUCUCCAACCAUUCCAUUCGGUCAUUCUGUUGAACAACUUACAUGCAAACUUGGGAUAAAUGUGUCUCUUAAACUUACAAUGAGAGCAAUCUCAAUCUCAAUCUCAAUCUCAAUCAGAGAGCACCAAAAUUCUACAAGUUAAU